AUGUCAGAGGUUAGUGAAUCAAAUAUAGAUAAAGAUAAAGAAGUAGAAAAAGAUAAAGAUAAUGAUAAAGAAGUAGAAAAAGAAGUAGAAAAAGAAGUAGAAAUAGAAAAAGAAAUAGUAAAAGAUAAAGAAGUAGAAAAAGAUAUAAAUGAUUCGACAACAAAAUCAACAUCGGAUGAGAAUCAACAACAGGAACAACAACAACAACAAGAUUUAAUAGAUAAUAUAACUAUUGAUGGUGAAUUUAAGAUAGCUGAUAUUGGAAUAGAGGUUAAUGUUGGUGAUAUCGCUGUUAGUGAAAAAGAUAAAGAUAAAGAUAUAGAGAUAGAUAAAGAGAAGGUUGACUAUGAAGAUUUAAGUGAUGAAGAAUACAAAGAACCCGAAGAUAAAGAUGUACCACCAAACAUUGUAAAUAUCGAAUCCUAUCAAACGAGAACAAGGAGAUCAACUGCCGCUGCAACUGCUGCAUCCAUAUCCAGAACCAAUCCAACAGCGACAACAGCAACAACAAGCAAACCUAAAACAACAACAACAGCAACAACAAAGAGAAAAAAGAUAAAAGUAGAUGGUGAUAGUGAUGAAGAUUAUCAAGAGGAAGAAGGAGAAGAUGGAGAAGAUGAUGAAGAAGAUGUAGAUAGUGUAAAUAAUAAUAAUAACAACAACAAUAAAAGUAAAACUAAAAAGUUAAAGAGUUUGGUUGUAGAACCAAGAGUACCAAAGAGAGAGAGAAAGAAGAAAGCAGCCGGUCCAUCGACACCGAGAAAGAAGAGCGAAUAUGAAUCGUUGGCUGAAGCAAUACAGCCGGAAUCGAUUGCUCUAUAUUCGUUGGGUGCACUGCUAAAGACAAAGGUGGCGGGUCGUGAGAUGCCAUCGACCAUCGAGAAACGAAAGCAAAAGAGUGAAGACGCCAAGAAAUCCGCUGGAAGAAGACCACCCAUCCAAAUGCAGCAACUGGCGAGUCAACAAUCACAAUCGGCGACCGACCCCGAUGCGGCAGAAGACGACGGUGGUACCGAGUUUGAAGUGGUCGACGGUAAAAUCGUGCCCAAAAUGCGUGACACACCACUCUCCUCGCAAGUCGUCUACGAACAAUACGCAGACUACGAUACCAACGCUUUUAUCAAUUCCAAUUCAUUCUCCCGACGUGAAGUAGUGAAGAAGUGGACGUCGGAGGAAAUCGAGCGAUUCUACGACGCGCUACGCAAGUACGGCACCGACUUUAGCUUGAUCGAGGCGGUCUUUGAAGGUCGCUCUCGUACACAGCUGAAACAGCGCUUCAAACUCGAGGAACGACGCAAUCCCGAGUUGAUAAAGGAUCUGCUAACGGAGCGACCGCGUAUCAAUCUCGAGGAUUUCCAGAAGGAGAGUGAGCUGGUGCGUCAGCGCAAUGCGCAACGCGCCGAAGAGAAGGCAGCUGUGGAGGCAGGCAAACGUACAGGCCAGGACAACUACAACGAAGACGAAGAGCUGAUGAACAUGGAAGAUCAAAACGAGCGAGAGAGACGUAUCAACCAACUGAAUGGACUGAACCGCGCGAAUGGUAGAACAGACUUUUCAGAGGAGGUCAUCAUCGAUAAGAAACAACAACAGGCACAAGCACAACAGCAACAAUAUUACGAUCAAUAUGAUUUCUAUGGUUUUGGUAGUGAUCGUUAUGAUGUUGGUGAUGAUUAUUAA